AAUCGCCUAGUAAAAUAAAAUCGAAAUGUUAUGUAAGCAAAUUCCAAAAUGCACACUUACCAAUAACAUAUCUCCAGCUGUCAUCUACCUUCUUCUCCCGUGAAUCUAGGGUUACAAUCCUUCACUACUCUGCCAUUCCCAAAUCUCAGAUCUCAAAAUUUUUCUCGAUACUCUCAAUUCAUCUAUACAAAUACAAAUGAUCUCUGUUAUUUUGCUCAAUUUCACAUCUAACUAGCUAAAACAUAUCCUCCUCUGAUAUCAAUUUUUGUGAAUGGGAUCAUCUGGGUUCUUCAUAAUCUGCGUUCUUCAUUCGCUCAUAGCGACUACUUGUGGUGUUCUGAUAAUGUUUUAUCUGAACGAAGUAUCUGUUCUCGGACAUGGAAUUGAAACAGCGAGAAAGCUACUUGGAUCAACACCACAUGAUCAAUUGUUGAUAAAAACUUCUGAUUCAUUCGUUGGAUUGCUGUUAUGUGUAAUUGGGUUACUGUUAUUCAUGGUGUCGUUUGUUAAGGACAGGGAGUUUCAGAGCUUUUUCGCUAAAGGUUGUAUCUUUCUUCAUAUAUCAAUGGCGUUAUGGAGAGUGUAUUUCGAAAGGAAAGUUGAGGAUUUAGCUUAUGAUUGGCCUAGACAACUUGUUGGUGAUUUUGUUCUUGCACUUUCUUGGGUGUUUUUUCUUGUUAGUUCAUGGAGGGACAAGUAUGAUUAGUUGAAAUUUUGAUAUUAAGCGGGAUGAUUCGAAAAGGGCCAGAUCACAAGGGCAGAAUGAACAAUGAUCCUACGUUUCUGCAAGAGGUUAUUUUUAACGCUCAAAUCCUUGAUUUUUCUGUCAUAUGAUAAUAGUUUUAUCCGUUACGACUUCCUUAAAGCGAAGUUUAACUUUACUACUUUGAUGCUUUCAAGUUUCAAGUCAGUUUUUCUGUAAAUCUCAAUGGAAUGAUACAUUUGCAGCUUUUGUUCA